AUGACGCUUCUCACCGAUAUGGCGCUACUGGUCUGCACGCAGCCCGCUCCAGGCAGCCCAUCGGCCUUUGAAGAGGACGAAUUUGUCGCUCUCUGGUUCGACAUGUACGCUAUUCUGGUAAGGCUUAAUUUCUGCAGACGUGAAGACAUCGUCUACCCGCCAGCAGCAACGGGGAGGCAUGCACUGCUAGACAGCCAGCAGCUACUGAAUGAGAGGGGAAUGAGCCCGGAGGCCGUCUCGCUGGUCGAGCGACUGCCGUAUCCCCGGGUCGCGUCAUAUAAACGCAUGCGUAUCUACCCCGAAGCCGACGCCAUGAACUACCUCGCCGAGGACGAUGUCAAGGACUGCCGCGAUCCCCAUGAGAUGGCGCAGUACUCUGCCCAACCAGAGAAUCUGAAUGACGCCAGCUACCUACUGCCGCAAGACGUCGCCUUAGCCCGUCCUAGUGAGAGUGAUGGGCUUGCCUGGAUCCUGGAUCUCAAUCAUAGUGUGUUUAUUAAUCUUUAUUCUCCCCAUGAUGCCUUUAGAUUCGUUUCCGGGCAUCUGGAAGCUCCUGCAAGAGGAGGCUCGGGUGGCCUCCCCCAGGACUAUCAGGUCGAAAGGCCGGAUGACCCUGAUCACUACAGAAACUGGCCCAUGUACCAUGCGCCAACAGUUCUGAGAAAGUGGAUUCAGGACGUCCUUGACCUCGAACUAGUUCCAGCCUCAAGCGAAGGCGAGUACUGGAGCACUUCAUCUGAUGUUCUUGGCCAGGUAAUUAGUAAGGCUCUGAGACAUUACGGCUGGCCGACCGAUUUUCGCGAGCAGGACUGGGCGCGUGACUCUGAGCAGAUUUAUCGUGCCGCAGGCGAAGUUGAGGAACGUUACGAAAAGUCAUUCAAUCCACAAUUUUUCGGUCGGGAUAGAAAAGAGCUUCUGUCUCGGUGGAGAGAGAAUUUAAACCUAGUUCCGUACGUUGGGCUGGAUCUGUAG